GAGUUUGCCCUCUGUCGCGCACACGCCGGUCGGUCGGAGCGCUUGCGGUCUUGCGCGCCUCUCCAGCCUCCGCCUUGGAAAUUGUUCCCUGAGAAUUACUGCAGAAGACCAUGAAUAACUACAGUGUUGCACUUGUGGGUCCAGCUCCUUGGGGGUUCAGGCUCCAAGGUGGGAAGGACUUCAACAUGCCUCUCACUAUCUCUCGGUUGAGCGAUGGAGGCAAAGCAGCCAAUGCAAACGUCGGAAUAGGUGAUGUGGUCCUUAGCAUUGAUGGGAUAAGUGCGGAAGGUAUGACUCAUCUGGAAGCACAAAACAGAAUAAAGACCUGCUCGGGUAAUCUGCUUAUGAAUCUGCAAAGAGCACCUGCAGCUCCAAAGCCAGAUCCAAUUCCUGUGCAGCAGGUAGAGCCUAAGGACCUAGUUAAGCCUGUGCCCAUUGCAUCUCCAGCUGUGCCCAAAGUUUCAUCCACAACCAGCAUGGCCUUCAAUAAGGCCCCCAGGCCCUUUGGAGCUGUGUCCUCCUCCAAGGUCACUUCCAUCCCAUCACCGUCAUCUGCCUUCACGCCAGCCAGUGCCAGUCUUCCAUUACAUGCUUCCCCUUCACCUCUGGCCACUGUCACACCUCCCCGGUUCACUGCCUCAGGAGCGCAUGCUAAUGUCAAAGCUAAUGCUGAUCAGCGUUGCCCUGUGUUGAGUGCUGCAAAUCCUACUGUUAAUACCCCAUGGCAAUCUCCACACAAUGCACCGUUCAACGAAAGGGCUCCAGAGGUGACAGAGGGGCAGCAAAGUGGAUCCAGAGAGAACCAGGGUGACAGUAAACAGCAAAAUGGUCCACCACGAAAACACGUCGUGUACAGAAAUACAGAUUUUUUCCAUCCACCGGUUCAUAGCAACAACAGCAAGAAGAGACUGAUUGAAGAUACUGAGGACUGGCACCCAAGGACUGGAACUACUCAGUCACGUUCUUUCCGGAUCCUUCAACAGAUCACAGGCACUGAACGUAUGAAAGAACCAGAAUCAGACAAUCUAAAGAAGACAAAGGAAAAGAUCCCCCUCCACAUCAUAGGCCCUAGAUACACAAAAUUACGUGACUGGCACCAUGGCGUUUCAGCACGUGUCCUUAACGUCCAAUGAUUUGCCAAGUCCUAGAAUUUGAAUGAGUCCUUUUCUUCCUCUUUCUCUUCCAAAUGCUUUGCAAAGAAAGAAAUGACAAACAAACAAACACAGCUUUGAGAAAGUCUAGCCUUUUAUCUAUCAUUUUUUUCUUUAAAAAAGUUUCCUGUCAGUGUAUUAAGAAUGAGAUGAACCUGUUCUGCUUCUGCAAAGCCAGCAUCCUCGGUAAAAAUCACCAUGCAGACACAGGUGGCAUAGAAAAUUCAUAAUGACUUGAAAAAGGCAAAAGUAGGGUGCCUUUUCUGGCAGGGAACCUGGCUCUUAUUUGAAAAAGGUGCUAUGUGCUAAGAAAUGGAGAAAGUUACAGAAAUGCCUGCGUUGGAAAACAUGCAUAACAAACUAUUUAAGCAUCAUUAUGUACUUCCGAUAAAUAAUGGUUCGAUUCAGUAAUAUCAACAUUUGUUUCUUGUGUUAGAUAUAUUGUAUGGCAGAAUGUAAAUGUUUUCAAAGAGGUAAUGGAAGAAGAGGUUUUUUUUUAUGUUAGUUAAUGGGUCUUAGCAAUAGUUGUGUUAUACAGCUCAUGUUCUACUUGAGGAAAAUGUGUGUACAUCUGAAGCCAUGUGAAGUCUUCUGGAUACAGAUCAAAGUAAAAAUUAUAUUGUAGAAGAGCCAUGUAAAACAGCAAAAGAAAAUAGUAUGACUUAAAUGAAUAUAGGUUUUAUUUAUUAUGAAGUGGACUGUUUGGAGCUUCUUAUCAAUUUUGAUCAUGCAUAUUACUUUGUAAUAUAAUGUAUUAUAGCAGAUGCCUACUCAUCUAAUUUAUGCUAUGUGGAGCUCAAAACUACUGAAUAAAUAUUGCAUUUCAUUUGC